GGCACACUGACUCUUUAAGGGGAACCAUGACGGUCAGUUCAGAUGCAUGCUUGUAAUUUGAGCCGUCGUUGUGCACUUUAGCGGGGUGAGCUACAUACCGUUUGACGGAGCUUAGCAUAAUAAACGUCAUAGGAGUCAAAGUAGAAAGCCUGCAAGUGUAUAUAUACAUACAGAGAGAGGGCGGAAGCAUCGACAUUUUUUUAACCGCAACAUCAGCUUACGUUUGCUUCAUUAUUUUUAACAUCCAGAAGAUUAUGUUUGGACCCUGCGACAUGGCUCUUAUAGCGUCAAGUUCAAGAUAACCUUCGAUGCAGGACACUGAGGCAAAAAAAAUGGCAGCGGACAUCCGAUAUCUUAGCCCAUUGAUGACCGCUGGUGGACCAUUGAUGACCGCCGUCUGAGUAGAGCUCCCUCUCCUCCAUUGUGAAGUUGUAUCUUCUCACCUUUCAUUGGAUACACACCACUGAAAGACAAGAAAUGUAGCAACUGCCAAACUCGUGGGCUUCAUCACAUGCAAUAGCAGCAUCCAACCGCUGCUUUCCCGCCAACCCCCACUACCAUGCUGGGCAGACGCAACAUGUCCCAAAAGCUGAGUGUGGUGCUGCUGAUCUUCGGCCUGGUGUGGGGACUCAUGUUGCUGCGCUAUACCGUGCAGCAGCCUCGCCACCAGAGCAGUGCCGAAUUACGCGAGCAGAUCCUGGAGCUCAGCCGUCGAUACGUCAAGGUCCUGACUGAGGAGAACCAGAGGGCACCGGGCGGGCCGCGGGGAACCACCAUGGCGGGUUACGCCGAUCUGAAGAGGACCAUAGCGGUGUUGUUGGAUGACAUCCUGGAGCGGCUGGUCAAACUGGAGGGGAAACUUGAGUUGGUGGUCAACGCCUCCGUCACCAACACCUCCCAUGGGGGUGUCCUUGCUUCCGCUUCCACCGCCCUGCAGAGAUCCUCCAAGCACGAGAGAGCCGGCGGCCACCCCUGGAUGUCUCGCUUCAACCAGCCUCGCUCGCCCAGCAGGCCUCAGCUGCAUCUAUGAGCGUUGUUUAGAUGCAUCGACUGACUUUAUGCUCUUAGCACAGCCCACUUUUCCUGAAUUUAUCCCAGGAUAUUCACAGAGUUGAAGGAAGGGAUGCUUCUUUUUGCCCCUUUAUUUAUUUUGCCAAGAUAGCAGAGUGCAUUGUUUUGUAUUUCUCUUUUGCAUUUUUAUAAUAGGCCAUAUUUGAAUCUGAGGACUUUUAGCGGCUGCAAAAGCUUUAACACAUUCUGGCUUCAGACACGUACAGUGGAACUCGCCUGUGUUGAUCGAUAACCUCUCUGUCAACCCGUCAAUUACAAAAACGUUGCAGCUUAAGUUGACGUCGACAUACAUGGUCGACCGCUUUUCUCGACAUAGGAGAAACUUGCAUAAGCACAAAUCACCUAUAUCAACCAACUUAAAUCCCUGUAUACUAUUACUAAAGUGCCCGCUUAAGUCGACAUUCAUGAUCGACCACUUUUUUCGACAUAAGUGGAACCCACUUAUGUCUGUCCCGAGUCAACAGUGUUGUUUGUCACCCAAUUCAUUUUGUUAUUACUAAAAUGUGGCUGCUUAAGUUGACAUCAACAUUCAUGAUUGACCACUUUUGUCGACAAAGUGUGUCCCGCUUCGGUUGACAAUCUGUAUGUCAACCAAUUCAUCAAGUCUGGGUCCAUUCUGGUCUUUUUACUAAAAAGUUUCCGCUUAAGUCAACAUACAUGGUCAACUGACUCUGUCGACAUAAGCGUAAUCCAUUUAUGUCGGUACCGCUUAUGUCAACAUGUUUGUGGCAACCGAUUAAUCAAGUCCCUGUCCACUGUGUUCGUAUUACUAAAAAGUGGGCCCUUCAGUCGACGUCAGCAUUCAUGAUGGACCACUGUUGUCGACACAAGUGGAAUGCACUUAUGGCAACAACUUGUGUGUCGACUACUUCAUCAAGUCCGGGUCCAUUCUGUUGUUCUUAUUACUAAAAAGUACCCCAAGUCGACGACAACAUAAAGUGGUCAACUGCUAUUGUCCACAUCAGCAGACCCCAUUUAAGUCUAUUCCGCUUAUGUUGACAACUCGUCUGUGUCAACCAAUUAAGCCUCCAUUCCACCAUGUUCUUAUUACUAAAAAGUAACUGCUUAAAUCGACGUUGACGUUCAUGAUAACACACUUAAGUUGGUCCCGCUUAUGUUAAGUUGUCUUAAGACAUUUCCUAUAUUGUCCUAUAUUUCUAUUAUUCUUUCAGGUCACAAGUACAUUUUUUUGGUUCUGUCGACAACUGUCGCUUACAUCUGUCAGUCAGCCAGCACUGAGUGUCAACAUCAACAGUACACCCUAACCACCUAGCGUCAACCUGCUGAACAGUUUUCGCACAAAUGAAUUGUUGUAUUUGAGGUGUUGCUAGAUAGAAUAUGAAGUCAGCUAAUACUCUACUUAGCAAUUAGCAAUAGGGACAGCUAAAUGUGUAGUCCAAAGAAUGUUUGCACAUCUCUGUCUUUACAGUGACAGAUUUAAUAAGAUGAAGCCUAUUUGACGCAAAUCAUGAGCAUUUGCUUCUCAGCUAAAAGCCAACGGUGUAUUUCUUUUCCGUCACUUGCCUUGGGUGUUAUUGCACUCCAAGUGGAAUGGAAUGAAUGUAGUGCACGGUCAGCAAUUAGCACUUGGGCACUGUGAAAAAUGACUGACCAUCUGCUUAUAUUACACGUUCAGGGUUCAUGCUGCACUGUGACUGUAGACAUUUUCUAAAAAUAAUGGGCUCAUCCACUUUUGGUGAUGAUGGUGAUGUAUGUGGGAGGUGAUUGUGACGCGGGCAAAUAGUUGUGACGUCUCAUUUAUUCAGCCUACAAAUGAUUGCUUGUCACACCUUAGACCGCCAGACUCAAUAAACUGUUGUUCAAAUGU